AUGGCGCUGCUCACAACCGAUAGGAGGGUGAAGAGGGAAGGAAGCCAUUACAGAACUCCCCAAGCUCUCUGGAUUUCGCGGCGGCGCGUGAACCCAAGCCCCGCCAGUUGCGGGGGCGCGUGGAGAAGACGCGCCGCCACUGCUCCACAAUUCCUGAGGGCCUCGUAUGCAGUUCCUAGACUUUUUAGGGACCUUUUUGGUAUCGAAUGUCUUUCUCAUGCAGUGUUUGUGAAUGGCAAAUUCUGCAAGGACCCAAAGGAUGUUACUGAAAAGGAUUUCUUCUCUUCUGGACUCGACAUUCCAGGGGACACUUCCGGUCGUGUUGGUUCAAAUGUCACUGCUGUCAAUAUUGAAAAAAUUCCAGGACUCAACACUCUUGGCAUAUCCUUCGCUCGCAUUGAUUUCGCUCCAUAUGGCCUGAACCCACCCCACACUCACCCUCGCGCCACUGAGAUCAUAGUAGUUGUGGAGGGUACCCUCUAUGUUGGCUUUGUUACGUCAAACUUGGCUAACGGAGAUAAUCGCCUAAUCACCAAAGCCUUAAAACCUGGAGAUGUUUUUGUGUUUCCAACUGGACUCAUUCAUUUCCAAUUCAAUGUGGGAAAAACCAAAGCGCUUGCUUUCGCCGGCUUAAGCAGCCAGAACCCUGGUGUAAUUACAAUUGCGAAUGCGGUGUUUGGAUCGGAUCCACCCAUUAAUCCUGAUGUCCUCGCCAAGGCCUUCCAACUGGACAAGAAGGUUGUCGACUAUCUUCAGAAAGCAUUCUAGUCGGACAAGAACAAGACACGGAGCAGUAGCCCUGCGAUUUCCGAUUAUAUUUGACAUGUUCUCAUCGUUAUUUCCUCUGUCGUAUUUGUUUUCAUAAAUAAAGAGGUUGCUGGAUAUCCAUUGAUACUCACUUGAACUUUUACUUAAAUUGAAA